UUUUUUUUAAAGACAAAAUGGAAACCUACAUGAAGCUAAAAAGUCUUGAUAAAAGAAUAGAAGAAUAUAGAAUGAAACGAAGAGUCAACGAACAUAAAGCAAAAGUUAAUAACCCAGAAGCAUUUUAUAGAAUCAGAUUUGAAGAACUCCAAAUCGAGCUGAAAGAGGUCCAAGAAUGUAGAGCAGACAUGUCUGCUAAAUAUGAGAAAUACCUUAACGAUGUGGGCAGAAUCAUUGAGAGGCAAGAAAAAGAUGCCCCUUAUAUCAAGUCAAGACAGCAUCUAAUGGAUCAAAAGAAAACCUUAGUUAAGACCAUCCAAGAGAUUGACCCAAAAUGGAGGGCAAAAAUUCAAUAUGAGAAAGAAAUCGAACUCCAGAGACUCCGAAAAGUAGGAGAAAAGACUCAAAGCUAUCACCUUAAGCGUGAGCAGGACAUCUUGGAAAAGCAGCAAAUUGAGGAUGAUAUCCAAAAGACCAGACAUGAUAUUGUCAGCUCAAUUUUCAAAAAAGUGUAUUAA